AUGGUGCAUAAAUAUAAAAAAAAGACUAAUCAAGGCUCUUGGGAUAAAGAUGUUAUGCGGACGGCUAUAAAUUUAUGCAAAGCCGGAGAAUCGGUGAAGGGCACAGCUAAGAAAUAUGGUAUGGCUUAUGCGACUUUGUACAGACACGUCAAAAGUGGUAACGUUACUCCAAAACUCGGCAGAUUCCGCCCAGUUUUCAGCGAAGAUCAGGAAAUAGAGUUAAGGACCUAUCUCAAAGACAUGGAUUCCGUGUUUUUUGGAUUAACUCGAGAUGAGUUUAAGAAUUUAACAUAUACCUACGCCAAAAAAAAUAAUUUGAAUUAUCCAAAAAGUUGGGACAAGUAUGAAAAAGCCGGAGAUGAUUGGCUACAAUCAUUUUUGUCACGUCACAAUGCCAUUACUCUCAGGACUCCGGAGGCAACAUCGGUUGCAAGAGCGAAAGGAUUCAACAGACAUGAAGUCGGACGUUUCUAUGAUAAUCUUGAAUCUUUGAUUGACAAAUACAAUAUUGACGCAUCUAGAUUUUAUAAUAUGGACGAAACCGGUAUUUCGACGACAACUAACAAACCCCCUAAAGUACUAUCAAUAAAAGGAAAGAAACAGGUAGGCAUAAUUGCAAGUGCGGAGCGUGGCCAAUUAACGACAAUGAUCGGUUGUUGCAAUGCCAUUGGUUCAUUUUUACCGCCCUUCCUUAUUUUCGCCAGAAAGAAGAUGCAGUCUAGGCUACUCGACGGUGCUCCUCCCGGGACUCAAGGUACUUGUACACCAAAUGGUUGGACUUCAGGUGAGGUAUUUCUUGCUUGGUUGCAUUUCUUUGUAGAAUAUACACGACCUAACGCCGACAAAAAGGUACUUUUACUUUUGGACAACCAUGAGAGCCACAAAUACUAUCCUGCAUUGGAAUAUGCAAGUAAGAAUAAUGUCAUAAUUUUAUCCCUGGCCCCGCAUACUACUCAUAAAAUGCAGCCUAUGGAUGUGGCCGUUUACGGCCCACUAAAAACCUACUUUGAAAGAGAGGUUAAUAUGUUCCAAAAGGCUCAUCCUGGGCGCAUUAUAAAUCAAUACGACGUAGCCAGACUGUUAUCACCAGCCUUUCUGAAAAGUUCAGUAGCCAUAAAUGCAGUUCAUGGAUUUGAACGGCCUGGCAUUUGGCCAGUAAACAAACACGUUUUUGGUGAAGAACACUUUGAACCAGCGGAUGUGAUUGCAGGCAGAUCAGAUAUGAAUAUUAGCCGAGUAAGCAUACAUUCCUUACAAACAAUAGAAAUUCCUGAUACCGCUGCAGAAGCCUCAUCAACUCCUUUGCCCUCACAUUUACAAGAAAAGAUUUUAACAGUUGAUCCUCCAGGAGAAAUGAUUCCGCUUUCAGACAAACCCACAAAGAGCGACUCAUCUAAGCCUCAACUUCAAGAAAGGACCCCAGAAAAAAAUAAUGUUCAGAGUGACAUUGCCAUUACACUAGAACCAGGAACAGAGUCACUUAAAGUUUCUUCUACUUUGGAACCGAAUGCGACAAGUAUUCCUGUUGUACAUUCUCUAAAAGGUGAUGCAAUGGUACCAGAGACUUCAAAAAAUAUUCGCAGAAAUAACGACCGUGACGACCCUCCACCGAAUCCGGAACCUGGAUGUUCAAACUUGCACCAGAGUCCCAUAUCAUUAAGACCAAUACCAAAUCCUUAUAAACCACUGACAACUCGUAAACGCAAAUUUCAAAAAUCAGAAGUUUUAACUAGUACUCCUAUCAAAUAA